UCCUCAAGUCUUGAAGUUGAGUUUGCGAGGCGACACGGCGGCGGCGGCCGCGCUGCUCCCUCUCCUCUGCCUCCCCAUGGAUAUGCACUGCAAAGCAGACCCCUUCUCCGCGAUGCACCGGCACGGGGGUGUCAACCAGCUCGGGGGGGUGUUUGUGAACGGACGGCCCCUGCCAGAUGUGGUGCGGCAGCGUAUCGUGGAGCUCGCCCACCAGGGAGUCCGGCCUUGUGACAUCUCUCGGCAGCUGCGGGUCAGCCACGGCUGCGUCAGCAAGAUCUUGGGCAGGUACUACGAAACGGGCAGCAUCAAGCCCGGGGUUAUCGGUGGCUCCAAGCCCAAGGUAGCUACACCGAAGGUAGUGGACAAGAUCGCUGAAUACAAGCGGCAGAACCCGACCAUGUUCGCCUGGGAGAUACGUGACCGACUGCUGGCCGAAGGCAUCUGCGACAAUGACACAGUGCCCAGCGUCUCUUCCAUCAACAGGAUCAUCCGGACCAAAGUUCAGCAGCCUUUCCACCCAACCCCAGAUGGGACAGGCACAGGAGUGACAGCUCCUGGCCAUACCAUAGUUCCCAGCACGGCCUCCCCUCCUGUCUCCAGCGCCUCCAAUGAUCCUGUGGGCUCAUACUCUAUCAAUGGGAUCCUGGGGAUUCCUCGCUCCAAUGGUGAGAAGAGGAAACGUGAUGAAGAUGUGUCUGAGGGCUCUGUCCCGAAUGGAGACUCCCAGAGUGGUGUGGACAGUUUGCGGAAGCACUUGAGAGCGGAUACCUUCACUCAGCAACAGCUGGAAGCUUUAGAUCGGGUCUUUGAGCGUCCUUCCUAUCCCGAUGUUUUCCAGACAUCAGAGCACAUCAAAUCGGAGCAGGGGAAUGAGUACUCCCUCCCGGCUCUGACCCCUGGGCUUGAUGAAGUCAAAUCAAGUCUAUCUGCCUCGGCAAACCCUGACCUGGGGAGCAACGUGUCGGGAACCCAGACGUACCCCGUGGUCACCGGUCGUGACAUGGCGAGUACCACCCUGCCCGGUUAUCCCCCCCAUGUUCCCCCCACUGGCCAGGGAAGCUACCCCACUUCUACCCUGGCAGGAAUGGUGCCUGGAAGCGAGUUCUCAGGCAAUCCCUACAGCCACCCUCAGUACACAACCUACAAUGAGGCCUGGAGAUUCAGCAACCCGGCCUUACUAAUGCCACCCCCCGGGGCUCCGCCCCUGCCGCUGCUGCCGCUGCCUAUGACCGCCACUAGUUACCGCGGAGACCACAUCAAGCUUCAGGCCGACAGCUUUGGCCUGCACAUUGUCCCCGUCUGAAGCCCGCCCGCCUGCUCGCCCGCU